AUGUUUCGAAGAAUUCUGCUGUGCACGCUUAUUGCUACGACAGCCUUGGGAUUUUCCGAUUUAGUCGAUUUGUAUAUUCGUAGAUAUAAUCAGGUGGAAUGCAACUUGUCCGAUGAUAUCAAAGAUUUGUGGUGUUCUUGGAGUUAUUACUUCAUGAAAUCUGCAAAUCUGUCGGCAAAUGGCAUGUCACUUUUUAUUACAUCUUGCCGUAGUUUUGAGAAGUGUAUCGAAUCAAAAGCUUGUGGAGAGGGUGAAGAGGUCGAAACUAACAAAAAAUUUGCCACAUCAAUUGGAGCACUAUGUAAUAUUUACGAUUUUUUAGAGUAUCGAUUCAAGGAAUGCGGCUUGAAGCUAAAAAAUGUUCAACGUGGCACGUGUUUCGAUGAUUUCAUGGAAAAAUUAUAUUAUGUAGAUCAAAACACAACUAGCGACGGAUUAUUGCCGAUAUGCAAAGGAUAUUAUGGAAAAGACGAUUGCCUCAAUAUUCAAAUCAAAGAAAAUUGCGGCGAAGAGAUGUUUAUAAAGUUUGAAGAAAAUGUCAUCAAAAACGCCAUGAAAAGCGCAACAUGCGUCGAACGUGACGACGAUUAA